AACAUUUUAAAAAUUGAAGACAAUUUCUCCAGAAUGAAUAAUCCGCAAAGAACAAAUGAUCGAUGACAAAGAAUCGAUCUGCAAGUCAUUCUACAACUCCAAUUUUCAAAUUUCGAGAUCAGCUCCAAAAUUCUGAGAAUUGAAUAGAAAAGAAAAGGACUGGCGCCAAAUGUUAUCCAAUGAAUAUCCCGGAUUUAAAAAAAAACACGUGGCGCCAUUAGUUCAGGGAAAUAACGCAAUAAAAACGUGAGAAACAUGCGAAAACUGAUGAAAUUAGAGUUUUAUCAUUGAUUGGAAGAAGAAAAUAUAAAAUUGGGUAAAGAAAUUUGAUGAGGCCAACUCGAUUUUUGUUAUAUAUUUCUUGACUCAAACAUAAUUUCGGGUGAUGUUUGGAUUGAGGCAGAUGUGUAGAGCCUCUUGGAGGAUUUUCUCUUUAAAAUCCCUGGAGCCAAUCCCUGGAAAUGCCCCCAGGAUCCUCCUCCAGGCGCUGGAAAGGGAAGGAAUUCUGAGGAAAUUCUCGACUCAGGUGGAAGACAGCCCCCAGGAGGUACAGAACACGGAAGAGCCUUUGGUAAAGCAUCCAAUAGCCAAAGUACAAGCGAAAAUGAGGAUAAUGUUCACCUGCAGAAAAUGCGAAACGAGGAACUCCAAGGUGAUGACGAAAUUGGCUUAUGAGAAGGGAGUUGUCAUCAUCAAGUGCGAUGGGUGCAAAAAUAAUCAUCUGAUUGCUGAUAACCUGGGGUGGUUUGGCCCGGUUGAGGCUAAAAGAAACAUCGAAAAGAUCAUGAAAAUGCAAGGACAUACUGUGAAGAGACUCCAAGUUUAUGGAUCUGAUACUUUUGAAGUUGUGAAGAAGGAUGAGAAAAUGGAAAUGACGAAAGACGAACCUGUGGAGAUCCCGGAAGGUCAGCCCCUCCCAAAUCGGUAAUUAAUCAAUAGGUGAGAAUAGAAAUUAGACGAUUUUUAAUAUCACAAUUUCUGUUUGAAAUUGUGCAUCACAUUUUCAUAAAAUACGUCAUGUACUUUUAAUCUAUGAAGAUCGUAUGUAAUAUUUGUACAAAGUUUUAUAAUAUAAGUCGCUUUAUUGAUAUGUUAAUAUAAAAUACGAAAGGAUUCUAUUUUUUGUCAGUCCCAAUCAGACGAAAUAAUGUAGAUGUGACAGUAAUUAUCGAUCGGUAACAAUAGAUUUAUUAAAUUCACUUAUCUAUAAAAAUUAUCGUCAACAUGGUGUAAAAUAUUUUACAAUUUUAUCCUAAGGCAAUGAAUAAGAAAAUUCAUCAUUACGGGCCAAUAGGCGCUUCAACACAUACAAUUAGGCACUUUGGACCGUCCAAUACAGGAUCAUUAAACAAUUAAUCUUAUCACUUGGUGUGAAGUUAAAGAUCUUUGGUCCACCGUUUCGCAAAUACUCAUGUCUCUCAUUCGACAUCCUAACAAAAUUAUAAAAAACCUAUCGUAAUUGAUUUCUUAAUUCUAAUAUCGAAUACAAAAUAGUACAGCAUUGGCACUCAGAUCGGAAUAUAAAAAAUGUAGUACGUCUGUUUAUAAAAAUAUAUUAUCUCACCGGUCGUUGUAAAAUAAAUCAAACAACUGCUUUAAUUGCAUAGCAUAAA